UUUCUAAGUAUUAUUUUAUGACGUUAGAAAAGGGCCUUGGAACUAAUAUUAUUUUUAUCACUGUUAGUCUGUUAUCAAUUGUCUUAUUUAAACUUAAAAAUCGAAUAGGAGUAGUACCCUGUGCAGUUAAAAUAAAAGUAUCUAAUAUUCCAUUUUGAAAAAUGAAUAAACCAAGAGGAUUUCAAUUUGCAAUUGAUCGAGGAGGUACAUUUACCGAUGUAUAUGCUCAGUGUCCGAAUGGCAAAGUGCGUGUUAUGAAACUUUUGUCAGUAGAUCCUCAAAACUAUGAUGAUGCACCAAGAGAGGCUAUUAGACGGAUAUUGCAUGAGGAAACUGGUAAUGCGGUAGAUGAAUGUGGAAAAGUCAAUUCAUCUCUCAUAGAAUCUAUUAGGAUGGGUACAACAGUCGCAACCAAUGCUCUAUUAGAAAGGAAGGGAGCUAAAAUGGCUCUUGUCAUUAACAAAGGAUUUAAAGAUCUUUUAUUUAUUGGAAAUCAGGCUCGGCCAAAUAUAUUUGAUUUGAAUAUAAGACGUCCUGGUGUUCUUUACAAAGAGGUUGUGGAAAUCGAUUGUCGUGUGAUACCAGCAUUAGAAGAUCGCUGUGAGAUUGACAAGUCUAAAUUGGAUUGGAAGGAAGUCAUAGGAACUACUGGUCAGAAGAUGUUGGUUAUUAAGGAUAUUGAUGAGGAAGCAGUGCGGAGAGAUCUGGCGACUUUAAGAGAGAAAGGGAUAGACAGUAUAGCUGUGGUGCUAGCUCAUAGCUAUACAUACAGGGAUCACGAAUUGAAGAUAGGAAGAAUUGCUGAGGAAUUAGGUUUCAACCAGGUGUCUUUGUCCCAUGCGGUGAUGUCUAUGGUGAGGAUGGUUCCCAGAGGUUAUACAGCAUCAGCAGACGCGUACCUCACUCCCCACAUCCGGGAGUACGUGACCAGUUUCUCCAGCGGCUUCACUGAUGGUCUGAAGAACACCAACGUGCUCUUCAUGCAGUCGGAUGGCGGACUUACUCCUAUGAACAUGUUCAAUGGUUCGCGUGCGAUACUGUCCGGACCGGCUGGCGGUGUGGUGGGCUACGCACUAACUUCAUACAACAAACAAACCGGUCUACCAGUUAUAGGUUUCGACAUGGGCGGGACGUCGACUGACGUGUCUCGGUACGCGGGAUCCUUGGAGCACGUGCACGAGGCCACGACCGCCGGGGUCACCAUACAGGCGCCGCAGCUAGAUAUAAACACGGUGGCAGCCGGCGGUGGGUCUGUGCUGUCGUUUCUCUCGGGCUUGUUCUCUGCAGGGCCCGAGUCCGCUGGGGCCCACCCCGGGCCCGCGUGUUACAGGCGAGGGGGCCCGCUCACGGUCACCGACGCUAACUUGCUGCUAGGUCGCCUGCGGCCUGAUUAUUUUCCAAAAAUUUUCGGUCCGGCUGAGAACGAGCCCUUGGAUACAGAAGCGACGCUCGCCGGCUUUAAGAAAAUGACGGCAGAAAUCAAUGCAUUCCUCAAACAGGAAGGAAACAAAGAGAUGACGUUGGAGGAGGUAGCCAUGGGCUUCAUCAACGUCGCCAACGAGGCCAUGUGCCGGCCGAUCAGGUCAUUGACCACAGCCCGGGGACACGAUGCCCGGGCGCACGCGCUCGCAUGCUUUGGGGGCGCGGGCGGCCAACACGCCUGCAGCGUGGCCCGCCGCCUGGGGAUAAAGACGGUGCUCAUACACAAGUACGCCGGUAUCUUGUCAGCGUACGGCAUGGCUCUAGCGGACGUGGUCCAAGAGGAACAGACGCCGUGUGCUGAUGUGUACCGACCAGAGAACUAUCGACAUCUGGACGAACAGAUCGACAGUCUCUCCGCUGUAUGUAAGGAGAAGCUCAGAGCUCAGGGCUUCACCGACGACCAGAUAACACUAGAGCCGUACCUCCACUUGAGGUAUUCCGGAACCGACUGUGCCCUCAUGGUUUCUCCCAUACAGGGCGACCAGGCUACCAGACAUGGCGACUUCUACGCAGCUUUUGUUAACAGAUAUAAGAACGAGUUUGGCUUCACGCUUUCUAACCGGGAGGUGGUAGUGGAUGACGUCAGAGUGAGAGGCGUUGGAAGAAGUGGGGGAAGAAAAGAGACGGCGCUAGAGGUGGAGAAGGAAACGACACCCGCCGUUGAUAAUGUCGUCCAAGUCUACUUCGAAGGCGGUUAUCAGAACACUGCUAUAUAUCCGCUGGAGAAACUAUCGCCAGGUCAUAAAAUUCCAGGUCCGGCCAUUAUAAUGGACAAAUUGUCUACUAUACUUGUGGAGCCGGGAUGUACAGCAGAUAUUACUAAAUACGGCGACGUGAGUAUCACUAUAGGCUCUGGUCAGAAGACGGAAGUGACGUCACAACUGGACUCGGUCCAGCUCAGCAUCUUCUCUCACAGAUUCAUGUCGAUAGCUGAGCAGAUGGGGAGGGUUCUCCAACGUACAUCAAUAUCAGUGAAUAUAAAGGAGCGUCUGGACUUCUCGUGCGCGCUGUUCGGGGCGGACGGCGGGCUCGUCUCUAACGCGCCACACAUACCGGUACACCUGGGGGCCAUGCAGGAGACGGUGCAGUAUCAGAUGAAGGUCCGCGGCUCGUCUCUGCGGCCCAGGGACGUGCUGCUGUCCAACCACCCCCGGGCUGGCGGCUCCCACCUCCCGGACCUCACCGUCAUCACCCCGGUCUUCCACGAGUCGAGUGCUCUGCCAAUCUUCUUCGUGGCUUCUCGCGGUCACCACGCGGACAUCGGUGGCCUGACGCCGGGGUCCAUGCCGCCGCACUCCACCAGUCUACAACAAGAGGGAGCCUCCUUCAAAUCCAUGAUGCUGGUGCAGCGAGGAGUCUUCAAUGAGAAGGAGUUGGUUGAAGAGCUGAUGAAGCCAGGUCAAGUCCCCGGCUGCUCCGGGACGAGGAAUCUAGCGGACAACCUCUCAGAUCUGAAGGCUCAAGUCGCCGCCAACCAAAGGGGCAUACAACUGGUGUCCGAGCUGAUAGAAGAAUACAGCCUCGACGUGGUCCAAGCUUACAUGACUCAUAUACAGAAGAACGCUGAACUAGCCGUUAGGGAAAUGUUGAAGCAAAUAGCGGAGAAGACAAUCAAGAAGACGGGCUCAUGUGUUCUGAAAGCCACAGAGUAUUUGGACAACGGUGCACCAAUCGCUUUGACGGUUACACUGGACCCCAGUACUGGCGGUGCUAUCUGUGACUUCACUGGCACCGGCGUGGAGGUGUGGGGUAACUUGAACGCCCCUCGCGCCAUAACUAUGUCCGCUAUCAUUUACUGUCUGCGGUGUAUGGUGGGCAGAGAUAUACCCCUCAACCAGGGGUGUCUGAAUCCCGUGACCGUUAUAAUACCUCGUGGUAGUUUACUGGACCCCAGCGACUCAGCCGCUGUGGUCGCCGGGAACGUGCUCACGUCACAGAGGCUCGUGGACGUCAUCCUGAAAGCCUUCCAGGUUUGUGCCGCCUCUCAAGGUUGUACCAACAAUUUGACACUCGGCGAGACCACCUGGGGAUAUUACGAGACGGUGGCCGGCGGCAGCGGAGCGGGUCCGGGCUGGCACGGGGCGUCGGGAGUUCACACACAUAUAACGAACACACGCAUCACGGACGUGGAGAUAGUCGAAACGAGAUACCCCAUGAUCGUGACCAACUUCUCACUGAGGAGCGGCUCCGGGGGACGGGGUAAAUGGCGCGGCGGGGACGGCGUGACCCGCGAGCUGGUGUUCCGACGCACUGUGCAGGUGUCCGUCCUCACCGAACGGAGAGCCUUCCAGCCGUACGGAAUGAACGGAGGGGAACCUGGCGCUAGAGGUCUGAACCUGCUCCAGCGAGCUGACGGGAGACUAAUUAAUCUCGGAGGAAAAUCCUCAGUUACAGCGUCUCCUGGAGAUAAAUACAUCAUGAAUUCGCCGGGCGGAGGUGGCUACGGCCGACCGUUGGGUGAUGAGACAGGCGAACAAACAGACAUACAACACAAUGAGUUCGUGGAGAGAGGAAGCGUCUUCGAGUAUAGAAGCGCCCAAGAAUCAGUUUAGAUGAAGCAAUAGUAUCAGCGACACGUCGUUAUAUGCAACAAUAAGCAACCGCUGGUCGGACGGCGCGUGUCAUAGGGUCUAGAGUACAACAAAUAUAUUUUAGUAUGUGUCGCAAUCACAAGAACAGUACAAAAUAUAAAUCAUAGUUUACUGUAAGAAAAAUAACACAAGACAAUAAGUUGUGGCCUGUUAGGGGAGGGAAUGGUUAUUUAUACAAUGUUAACAAAUGCACAAGUUAUUCUUACACGCAUUCUGCAUAAAAAUUAUUUCAUCAUAGUCCUAGUACAAAUGUUAUGUGUUCGAAUUUUGAAAAAUAUAUAUUAAAUAAUGUUUUUAUAUACAAAAAUAUACAUGUUAUUAUCUCGUUUACUUUGUUAUAUAUAGUUAAAAAUAUAUAUUUCAAAUGUAAAAUAUUAUUUUUCCAUAUUAAAAUGUUAUUUUAAA